AUGUCGUCAAAGGAAGCGUCCAAGAGCAAGGACAAGGACAAGUCCAAGGUCCACAAGCUCUCCCUCAAAGGCAGCGCUCGACUGGUUGCCGAAUUCUUCCAAUACUCAAUUCAUACCAUCCUCUUCCAACGAGGUGUCUACCCGGCUGAAGACUUUACAGCCGUUAAGAAAUAUGGCCUCAACAUGCUAGUCUCGGCCGAUGACCAAGUAAAGGCCUACAUCAAGAAGAUCAUGUCCCAGCUCGACAAGUGGAUGGUCGGCGGCAAGAUCUCCAAGCUCGUCAUCGUCAUCACAGAUAAAGACACAGGCGAGCACGUCGAGCGCUGGCAAUUCGAUGUCCAAAUCUUCAAGCCGACAAAGUCCAAGUCCAAGUCCAAGUCCUCCUCGGCCGAUCAAGAAAACGCAGCCUCUGCUGGCGGUACCCCCCUCGCCACCGAAAAGACCGAAGCCGAGAUCCAGUCCGAGAUCGCCGCCAUCUUCCGCCAGAUCACCGCGUCCGUCACCUUCCUCCCCCAGCUCAACGGCGACUGCACCUUCAACGUGCUCGUCUACGCCGACGCCGACAGUGAGGUGCCCGUCGAGUGGGGCGACUCGGAUGCAAAGGAGAUUGAGAAUGGCGAGAAGGUGCAACUGAGAGGAUUCAGCACUGCCAACCAUCGCGUCGAUACUCUGGUCAGCUAUCGCUUUACGGAAUAG